AGGUUACCCCCACAGUGGGCGGUGCUUUCCAUUCCCGCCCUGUUGCGCUGUCUGCUGGGAGCUGCGUUCGCCGGCGCCAUCUUGUCUUCGCUCUGUGUUUGUGAGUCGGCGGCGCUAUGGGUAGGAAGAAGAAGAAGCAGCUCAAGCCUUGGUGCUGGUAUUGCAACCGUGACUUCGAUGAUGAGAAAAUUCUCAUUCAGCACCAGAAAGCGAAGCAUUUUAAAUGUCACAUCUGCCACAAGAAGCUGUACACGGGCCCUGGGCUGGCCAUCCACUGCAUGCAGGUCCACAAAGAGACUAUUGAUGCCGUACCCAAUGCCAUCCCUGGCAGGACGGACAUCGAGCUGGAAAUCUACGGCAUGGAGGGCAUUCCCGAGAAAGACAUGGAGGAACGCAGGCGGUUACUGGAACAAAAGACACAAGAUAACCAGAAAAAGAAAAACCAGGAUGACUCCGAUUAUGACGACGAUGAUGAGUCUGGCGCGUCCACUUCAUUUCAGCAACACAUGCAGCCGCAGCAGGGGUAUAUGACAUCCAUGGGGCAGACAGGUCUUCACCCUGGUAUGCCAGGUGCCCCAGGCAUGCCACCAGGCAUACCCCCGUUGAUGCCAUCUGUUCCUCCACUGAUGCCAGGAAUCCCUCCUGUUCUGCCUGGAAUGCAUCAUGGGAUGAUGCCAAUGGGUGGUAUGAUGCAUCAUCACGCCCCAGGGUUACCUCCGAUGAUGGCUGGUUUGCCCCCAGGUGUUCCGCCGCCUGUUGGACCCCGGCCAGGAAUCCCAUCUGUUUCUCAGGCGCAGCCCAUCACCUCACCGCCGGGUAUUGGUAGACUUUCGGCUCCUAACACAUCUGCUGCUACCUUGCAGUCUGUUCCCAAACCACUUUUCCCUAGUGCUGGGCAGAUGGGCUCACAGAUCACAAGCUCCAGUACAACGUCCUCCAAUUCAGAAACUCUCUCAGCAUCUUCUAAAGCGCUGUUUCCUAGCACAGCACAAGCACAAACAUCGAUGGUGGGACCCGUUGGAACAGAUUUUAAACCCUUGAACAGUAUGCCAGUCACAGGGACAGACCCGCCAAAACCAACAUUCCCGGCUUACACCCAGUCCACAAUGUCAACCACUAGUACAACCAAUAGCACUGCAGCCAAACCUGCCUCCAUAACAAGUAAGCCAGCUACCCUGACCACAACUAGUGCAACCAGUAAGUUGAUCCACCCAGAUGAGGAUAUCUCGCUGGAAGAAAAAAGGGCCCAGCAUCCAAAGUACCAGCGUAAUCUGCCCCGGCCAGGCCAGGCUUCCAUGGUUAAUCCUGGGGUUGGUCCGAUGGGGGGCAUGAUGGCUCCACAGCCUGGACUUCCUCCCCAGCAGCCGGGAAUGAGGCAUGCGAUUCCCCCUCAUGGUCAGUUUGGCAGCCCACACCAAGGAAUGCCUGGAUAUCACCCUGCUGGGAUGCCCCCUUAUGGACAAGGACCCCCAAUGGUUCCACAGUACCAAGGAGGACCCCCACGGCCUCUGAUGGGAAUCAGACCUCCUGUAAUGUCUCAAGGUGGCCGCUAUUAAAUAGGUUUGGCGAUUAAACCUUUUCUCAUCUUGUGACGUGUAUAUAGCCCGGCUUUCGCCAGUUCCCGCUUCUUUGUGGCUAAUACCAUAUCUCCCUGCAUACCAAGAACUGCUGGACACUCUAUUACCAGGGGAGAAUUUUUUUUUUUUUAGUUUGAGGGAGGGUUUGCGGGGCUCAAAACAGGAGAUCUUCCUGAUGUUGCAAUUUAUAUUGUAUGGCUUCUUUUUCAUGUUUCACCUAGGUUUUUAGAAGUGGCGUUUAGUAAAUAUGGUUCGUUUAAUUGUGAAGGCGCCAAAUUCCAUCCCAAGGCAAGUUCUGCACCAUUACUUUGCUGUUUCUUGACAUGAGGCCUUCACAGUGCCUUUAUGGUGCUGUUGGACUUUAGUCCCCAACAUUGGUUGGUGAGGGCAGUAUGUGUUCAGCCCCAAUGUGACUGUACCUAGAUUCCCAUUUAAAUAAAAUGUGUGUGUAAUGUGCGAACCUCAUUCUGUAAUAAAAGGAAAGAAAAC